AUGUCUGUUUCACCGAAUGUUAGCACAGUAGACUCCGGUGUUUUACCAGUCCUCAACGAUCGUAGUUUUUCAAACCUUCAUGAAGAAGAUCGUUCCACCGAUCACACAAUCUCCGACGACUCUGUUGACCGUGCAAAUCCUGGCCAGGGCGAUCUCAGUUUGAUUUCAUCCUCCACUGGCAAACCUGGCAAACACUUGAUCGAACAUCAUGCUGUGGAGUGUGUUGAUGAUAGCUUACAUAGCUUGAGUUCCAUGGAUAUAUCUGCAGAAUAUAACACAACCUCAGGCGCUGAAAACCCGGUUCCGUACUUUGAACUUAUAGAAGAUUUAGGGCGUAAAGAAGAAGGAACUCUCUACCGAGUAUUGGAAAACUUAAUAGAUCCUAACUCACUGUUUACAUUUUAUGAUCAAUAUGAGGUUGUUAACUACCUCGAAGACCAAGUCACUUACAGCGGGUAUCAAUUAGUGCCUAGGUAUAUUGGCAGUGAAUGGAUAGUGCGUAAGAUAUAUGUACAUCACCGCGAGAGUGACGUUAAAGGACUCCGAUUCCUCAAGUUUCAUUCAUCAUGGGGCGAACUGCCUUCACAAGGUCGACCACAUUGUUUUGACCGCGCGCACAGCAACCGUGACAGCAAAACUGUGAUUUCCAACCUGGAUUGCGAUGAGCAUGGGAGGCUAAGCAAUGUCGUAUGCUUUACCAAAAACUCCACCCCAUAUCACAGCCGCGAAAGCUCAGCUAUGGCAGAUAUUGUCAACCGCGCGUUCGUACUAUUUCCUGAACAACAUGAUUGUAAUGAGCUGUGUGAACAUCUUGGAAACAUAAGAUUGAAAUGA